AUGGGUGUUGAAGAACGUCGCUUUACAGAUACGGCACGGCCUGUUUCCCUCCGAAUCGACGACAGCUCGCAAGGCAACGGGAACCAUGUGCUCUUUACCGAACACCACCAACAAGGGACCGACCUAGCUGGCCAUGAGAUCGAAAUCGAAACACAGGCCUUCGUGCUAUCCAAGGCGAGCGAGAGCAGUCCGCAGGCAUCCCCUGUGGGAAACUAUGCUGGAAUAGUUCGUAGAGUUGGGAAGUGCAUCGCUAGGCUCGCCACAGGAGAUGCAGUAGUUGCAAUCUCACCAGAUGGGUGUGCCGGAGCAAACAGUUUACGUGUUCCGGCCUCGUACGCUUGUAAACGACCAGAUGGCCUCGUUGAUCAGCCCAGCGUUGUCGCUGAUUUGUUUCUCCCCGUGGAGGCCGCGACUUACGCUCUUCGUCAUCUUUGCCAUCUGCAAAUGGCUGUUGCACGCUCCCUUGGUGCAAAUAUCGCAGCCACGGCAGCCGACGCUCAAGAGGCGAUAACCAUAACGGAGCAGCUGGGCAUCCUCCCCGGAAAUGUAAUAGGCCGCCGUAAGUCGCUGCUGCACCUUGAGAAAAAGGGAACUCUUCACUUGGACGCCAUCAUCCACACUGGGACGAGCCAACACGGUGUUCCAAGGCUUGCGUGGACCUGGCUGAAAGCCUUUGGACAUUUGGUGAUAUUCCCGGAACAAUUCUCGAACUCCAGUGUCGGAACCACCUUGACGGGCGCCAGGCUGCCAAGGAAUACGGCUGUACACCUGUGUCACUUCCCAGAUGUUCUGUACGAACACCCCGACCAAAUCGCCGGAGUGGUAACACACGCGGCAACAGCCAUCGAAGAAUUGCCGAUGCUUGUCCGUGGACUUGAUCUAGCCAUCUAUGAUGUUACCCAAACUUCAGAAGCUCUUCGCCUGCUCAGACGUGGGGUUGAUACCAAGGUCGCUCUCUACACCCGGAGCAAUUCGCUCAUACGUGUGGCUGUACCGCCCCGAGUUGAUGACAGCUGGGCUGAUUCAAAUGCGACUUACGUCGUCGCGGGCGGCAUGGGCGACCUGGGCAGGCGGCUUUUGGUGCUCAUGGCCCGUCGCGGAGCAGCCCAUCUCGUCACGCUCUCGAGGCGGGAGGUUGACCCUGAGGAUUUCCGCGUUUUCCAAUCGCAGCUUGAGGACAUUCGUGCAGGAUGA